AUGCACUACCGCAUUGAAAACACCGACUUGCUCGCCCAAGACGAGACCCGGGACAAGGACUCACUCUUGCUGAUCAUCGUCUUCAACGGCGCUGAGUCAUGGGGCGCCAACCGCACUGUGGCCGACUUCUUUCCUCUGCUCGAACCGAUGGACUCCCGCAAGGAGAAGAUGUCGAUCGCGUUGCUGACAUCGUCCAAAGAUGAUUUCGAGAAGGUGAAGGGCAUCUUCGCGGACGAAAUUCAGCACUAUGCCCAGCUAUCGGUAAUUUUUCGCAACGACUUCAGUCCCGAGGGUUUGACCCGUGAGAACCGCCUCGAUGAUACUAUCCAGGCGAACCGCCGGCGGAUGCUCGCUCGAUAUCGCAACUACGCACUGCUAUCGACGCUUCAGACCUGGCACCAGCACGUGGUGUGGCUAGACGCAGACGUCAUCUCGAUCCCACCAGACCCAUCUCCAAGCUGGCCCAAUGUACCUGGGCUCGAUAGUGUGCACCCACUGUGUGCCCGCGGUAACUGGUACGUCUAUGAUCUCAACGCGUGGGUGGGUCAUCGCAAGGUUCGACCACCUCUGGCUACGGGUUUCGUGCCGGGCCCCUUGAGCGUAAGAAAUAUGCAAGACCUCUACGCGGAGACGGAAGACGUUGUUCAGCUCGACUCCGUUGGAGGCACGAUGCUUUACGUGCGAGCGGACGUCCACUGCCAAGGCGUCAUUUUCCCCUCCCACUAUGUGAUUGGCAGCGAAUGGGGCGCUGAGGGCUACGAUGGUAUCGAGACCGAAGGAAUCUGUUACAGCGCACAUUUCCUCGGCUUUAAGUGCUGGGGGAUGCCCAAGGAAAUCAUUUACCACUCCGAGUAG